AUGACUUCCGAUGCCACGAUGGACGACGAAUGGUCACUUGCGGACCUGAUUCACGAGAAACUGCAAAUAAGCGCAUUCUCCAGCUGGGAAUUCUUACCGGAAGACGCAUUCGAGGACUUGCUCGCGAAUGAAAACAUGCGAAGGGAGCUUCUCGACCCGAACGCUGCUGAUCGGCUUGCUAUCAAAGAGCUGAAAACUGGGACCGAAAAAGCCUGUGAACCCGAAGUCAUUGCGCUUGAACUAGCACAGAAGCUCAAUCACACCCAUAUCGUCAAGUUCGUGGCUGGGUUUCAACAAGACUCUAGGUACUGCCCGAUGUUCCAAUGGGUUGAUGGAGGCAAUCUACGAGAGUUCUGGGAGAAGCAUGACUGGUCUCGAGAUCUAGGCACCAUCAGGUGGGCUCUCAGACAAAUUGGAGGGCUUGCCGAUGCGCUCGAACACUGGCAUAACCAAUAUCAGGAAGACUGUUGA